AUGACAAUUGACUCAGCCAUUGCCAAACUUUUGUCCUUGGACCCAGAUGCAACCAGGCUUUCCGGCGCUGGAGCAGGAUCAAGCUUCGCAUCAACAUCAAAAAUCACGACAAAACUCAGCAAUGGCACAGAAAAGCACUUCUUCAUGAAAACAGGCAAAGGUAAGGAAGCCUCGAUCAUGUUUGAAGGCGAACACGCAUCGCUCAGUGCAAUCCGCAAUGCUGUUCCCAACCUAUGCCCCCAAUCCUACGGCCACGGAAAAUUCGCCGACUCACCCUCAACUCACUUCCUAGUCACCGAUUUCGUAGAUCUCUCAAGCCGAUUCUCACCCAAAGCUUCUUCUUCUUCUGCACCUUCCCUAGCAGCAAAGUUGGCAAAACUGCACACUACCCCAGCGCCCCCACCACCAGGAGAGUCAACCCCCAAGUUUGGGUUUCCAGUAACCACUUGUUGUGGAGAAACACCUCAAGACAAUUCCUUCAAGAGCAGUUGGGCGGAGUUUUAUGCUGAGAAUCGAUUGAUGUUCAUCUUGAAGCGGAGUGAAAAGACCAAUGGAGCCGACAAGGAUUUGAGAGCAAUGGUCGAGACAACUUGCAAGAAGGUUGUUCCACGACUCAUUGGCGAUGACCAUCUAAACAAUGGUAAAGGCGUUACCCCGGUCAUUGUUCAUGGAGACCUGUGGUCGGGCAAUGCGAGUUUGGGAAAAUUGCCCGGUAUGGAUGCUCCUGAAGAUGUCGUCUACGACUCUAGUGCUUGCUAUGCUCACAACGAGUACGAAUUCGGUGACAUGAAGAUGUUCGGAGGGUUUGGUGGCAUUUUCAAGGAGUAUCAUGAACUGGUUCCCAAGACGGAGCCAGUGGACGAGUAUUCUGACAGAGUUGCUCUGUACGAGUUGUACCAUCACCUGAACCACCACGCUAUGUUCGGCGGUGGAUACAAGGGUGGUGCUGUGAGCAUUAUGAGCAAGUUGAUUGAAAAGUAUGGCAAGGAUGAGUAA